CCUCUACUACGCAAAUGUCAUUCCUUUUCAUCAACACUGGUGCUAUAGAGCACACGUUUUCAGUGUUUUGCUUCAGUAAAAUUGUAGUUUGAGCCUCUGAAUUUUCACAAAAUCAACUCGUUUGCGAUACAAAUCAUCAACGAAUCAUCAAAAAUGCCGAAAAAGUCGAAGCGUUGUUUCAUCGACAAAAAGAAUGCGGUCACAUUUCAUCUCGUGCACCGUUCCCAACAAGAUCCAUUGAUUGCCGAUGAGACAGCACCACAGCACGUUCUUCUUGAAUCCAAUGCACAACCGACACAAGUGAAAAAGAAUGAGACACCAGAGGAGCGCAAAAAGCGAAAAACCGAAGAGCAAAAGUAUGGCAUUUACUUCGAUGAUGACUAUGAUUACCUUCAGCAUUUGCGAACGAAAGAAGAGCAUAGUGAUGUGCACUGGGAAUAUAUUCCGCCGGCAAAUUUGAAGAACAAACCCAAUGAGGAAGGUGAAUCGAAAGCAAAAUCUGUGGGUUUUGCAUUGCCAUCGUCGGUGUUUGCUUCGGAAUUCGAGGAAGAUGAAGGUUUAUUGCGUAAGGCAGCUUUACAUGUGGGUCCGCGACCCGAUUUGGAUCCGGACAUCGUAGCUGCACUUGAUGACGACGUUGAGUUCGAUAAGCCAGACGAUGACAUCGAUGAUUAUUUCAUGGAAUUGGCUGCGGGUGGCCAAGAAGGGUGUGAUGAUUACGAAGAGGGUGAUUUUGAUGGUGAUUACGAUGAAUAUAGCGAUAUGGAUUCAAAUUUUGAUGGUCAAAGCUUUGACGGAGAUGAAGAUGAAAAUGGUGAUCGCUUAGCACCGCUUCGUGGAUGUCGAAUGCCAAACUUCGACGAUGGCGAAGAAACCAAAUCCCGUUUCACCGAGUACUCAAUGUCAAGCAGUGUGAUUCGGCGCAACGAGCAGCUGUCAUUGCUCGACGAUCGCUUUGAGAAAUUCUACGAAAACUAUGAUGAUGACGAACUUGGUGCAUUGGACAUGGAAGAAAUUGAAGGUCACGUUGAAAUGUCGGACGAUCUGCUGAAUCAAUGCAUGGUUGAAUUGAAUCGUGAUGGUAAUGAAUUGCCCUAUGAUAAAAAAUGGGAUGAACAACGAAUCAAAAAGAUGCUUGAAGAAGAAUCGUCCGAAGAGGAAAUGGUCGAGCUGGAAGUUAACGAAGAUGAACCCGGCAAGAAAUGGGACUGUGAGAGUGUGUUGACAAUGAACUCAAAUGCAUACAAUCAUCCGAAAUUGAUCAGCGAACCACGUCGUCGCAAAGGCUCCAAAAUUGUUAUCAAUCCGAAAACGGGGGUACCAAUGAACGUGUUCAACGGCGAAAACACACAAUUGACACUCAAAUCAGUGGCCAAAUUCAACACAGAUAAUAUAAAUAAUGCCUCAAAAACGGGACCCAAAUCGUUAUGUGAUCAAAGCGUAUUGUCAACCCUAAGCGUAUUAUCGAUAAGACCAAAAGAUGAAGCGCCAGAGGAGAAGCGUCAACGAAAACGUUUGUUGAAGGAAUAUCGAACUGAGCGUCGUAUUGAGAGGAAAGCAAACCAAGACGCCUUCAAGGAGGAAAAGAAACGUCAAACUCAAAUUGGCUUGAAUAAUAGGAACAAUUUACAGGGCAACCGAAUACUGUAAAUCGGGCCAUUUCUACCUCUCGUUCCAUUUUUUAAGGCUACAAUAAAUUUUACUAUUAUUUAAAGAAAAACAAA